UAGAGCUUAUAGAGUUUAUUUAGGUAUAAAUAGUAGUUUUUUGUAUAUAUUUUAUUGCACUCUUAUUUUACGUAAUGUCUAUUGGUCUUAUGUUUUGGUGUCACAAGCUUUCCUAUAAGCCAACGCACUAUGCCUUGGUAUAUUUAGAUUUAUAGUAAAGUUAAUUAACUCACGAUAACAAGUUUUUUGCCUGUCACAAGUAAUUUUGUAGCUACACAUUUUUGACAUUGUACAUAAGCAAGGCAAUUAAAAUGGCUAGCUGUGUAGCCCAUGCGAAACAACUUCAAGUGUAAUAGCCAUACACCCCGAGUGUAUUGAGGCUAAUGUGCUCGUAAUUUAAGGCUAUUAUUUAUGCUAGUUAUUUUGUUCACAGACUCCUGUAGGCUGAGCCACUUGUACAUGAGAUUUUAAAUGAUCAAAGCUCAGCAUUCUUAAAUAUUAUCAUCUCAUGUCAUCACAGAGUGUGAAUUAUAAAGCCCCUAUGUUCAAAUAAUAAAUUGUUAAGUUGCUUUUAAAGUUUCAGUAUACUUACUCUGCCAGCCCCUUUUUCCUCCUUUUCUUCUGACCUGUAUUCACUAGUCAGGACAAAGGUUACAAUAUGUAUAUUUUACAUUUGGAUUUAUUUAGAAGCUAUAAUUAUGAUUCAGGAACAUUGUGUAUUGUAUCGGUGAACGGAAGGACAAGCGACAGAUUAUUAUUAUUAUUUUUGGAUUAACUGGCAUUGGUUCAUUGCCGUGAUUGUAAAGUUUCUACAUGGAUGAUGCCAUGAACCUGGUUAUGAAUUCUGGAGUCGUGGUACAAGAUAUGACUUCAGGUCUUGCAGUACAAGAUAAAGUUCGUUCUUUGUGUUUAACUGUUGAACUCUGUGUUGUGUGUGGUGAUAGAGCGUCUGGUCGUCAUUAUGGUGCUAUCAGUUGUGAGGGAUGCAAAGGUUUUUUUAAGCGUUCUAUUCGCAAACAGUUGGGCUACCAAUGUAGAGGGAACAAGAAUUGUGAAGUAACAAAGCAUCAUAGAAACAGGUGCCAAUAUUGUCGUCUACAAAAGUGUCUGAUGAUGGGCAUGCGAAGUGAUGCUCCCCAUGUUCUAGCGGUGCAACAUGAGAGAAAGCCCAUUUUGGAGAAGAGAGACUUCAGCGGGGCUGCGGCGACGGACAGCAGCACGGCAUUCGGAACUAAUUCUCCAUACAAGAUAUUCAUCAGGAAGGAUUUGGCAUUGGACUCAAAGUCUUCAGGGUUGCCAACCACUUUUUGUAUUUCAGAGUUUGGGUUGAUGAGCCCCACUGCCUUAAGUAAAAGUGCAGUUUCAGAUCAAAAUUCUGCUGUCAGUGAUGUGACAAGGCAGUUGUCUCCUUAUCAUGGAAGCGGGGAUGAAGACGGCUCUACAGAUAGCUUUGUAGGAAAUGGUGAUAUGGAUGAGGCAAUAAAUGUAACUCGUGAUAAAAACUUAAUUUCUCGUGCCUUAGACACAAUGGCAAAGAAUUUAAAUGGUAGUGAUAACCUGGGAUCCACCAGAGUGCAGCAUGAUAAUGAACAUGUGUUUGAACUGGAAGGUUUACUUUUGCAAGAGCAUCAUAUUUCAUUCAACUUACAGACACCAACUCCUAUGCCAGCUUACCUUAACGUGCAUUAUAUUUGUGAGAGUGCUUCUAGGUUGCUGUUCCUUUCUGUGCACUGGGCACGAAAUAUUCCUGCAUUUCAGCUCCUGAGUUGUGAGUCUCAGACAGCAUUGGUUCGAGGAUGCUGGACUGAACUAUUCACACUUGGUUUGAUUCAGUGUUCUGAUGUCAUUUCGUUACCAGCAGUACUUUCUACAAUAAUUAAUCACCUUCAAGUUUCCUUUAUUCAAGAAAAAAUUUCAACCCAGCAAUUAAAGCAGGUGACCGAUCAUGUUUUCAAAAUUCAAGAAUACCUUGGUGGAAUGACUCGCUUGCAUGUUGAUGAGCAUGAAUAUGCUUAUCUGAAAGCCAUCGCACUAUUUAGCACAGAUCAGCCUGGUAUGUUAUCGAGGCGUCAGGUUGAGAAAUUUCAAGAGAAAGCAUUUCAGGAACUUCAGAUUUAUGUGACUAAGACAUUUCCUGAAGAUAAGGACAGAUUUCCUCGUCUGUUACUGAAGUUACCGCCUUUGCGUGCCCUGCAGGCUAAUGUAAUGGAAGAGUUAUUUUUUGCUGGUCUAAUUGGUAGUGUUCAAAUUGAUAGUGUAAUACCCUACAUACUGCGUAUGGAAGAAGGGGAAUAUUAUAGUCAGUUAAGUGUGGAAAAUAAUAUUGAUAGCUUUCACGCAUUCUUCAGGCUAGAAGACAGCGAAGACGAAACAUGCUAGUGAAAUUGGGGGGCUUGGCCCUCCCUCUGUGUAGUUCCUUGUUUUAUAACUUAUACGGUGUAUUUAUGUACAGAUAAACUACAAUGUGUGCCUGUGUUAAGUGAGCAGCAUUUUAUUAAUCAUUUUACUGUAGGUUGGACUUGUCUGUGAAGUAUUUUGACAUUUAGAUUAACUGCUCUGCUAUUAAUUUUAUUUAAGAUUGGUAACAGAAGAGAGCAACUGUGCAAUAAGUUAAAGUACAAAGAAAAUUAGUGUUAGCAGUACCUUUUUGUGAUAUGUAACUAAUUGGCUUGUGUUCAUGUUAGAAGGUUUUUAGAUAAAGAAAAAAAAGGGUGUACAUGUAAGAAGUAAUUUAUUAUGAAUAUAAGAAAUACAUGUGAUUUGAGAAGCAUGUUGUGUGAUGUAAGGAAGAGUGAGUCUUAAUGGUUAAAGCAUUAAAAUUAAUAAACCAGAAGGCUCAUUAUUUAUAUUUCUAACUGAACGCCUAAAAGGCUGGUACUAUGGUUGAUUUAAGACUUCUUUGAAUGAAACAUAAGUAAUGUUUGAGCCGUGCCUGAUUAUAUAUAUUUAUGAAACCUGUGGAAGCAGAUAUUUACUUGAAAUGGGGAGAGGGAAAUCAAAUGUUCCUGUUGUAUUAUAAUAGGAUCUACUGUUAAUACAUUUUGCUGUGAUCUAUGUGAAUUGAUUGUGUUCUCUUCUAAUAUGUGUCUUCUGAGUACAUAAAGAGUAUUUUGUUGGCUCUAGUUGAAAAUAUUGUUUUAUGUUUCUCUCUGUUGUCUGGAUAUAUGAUAUGAAUUUCCUUUGUACCAUGCCCAUUUGUUUUAUCAAUUGGAUAUGUUACAAAUUAAGGUAUAUGAUUUGUUUUACUAGUUUCUUGUUUUAAACUGCUCAAAAUGGCAGUGCUGAUGUGGGUAGUGAAUUUACAUUUCAUUUGUCAGUCUGUGAUUCAAUUCCCAGCCCUGUUAAUGAGUAACACGCCAGUUCCGGAGUGGUUUCGAAAAUACUACAAUCCUGCAUGAUCAUAACAUGUAAAACCCUACCUCUACCUUUAUGUUAAACACGUAUUACAUUUACUGAUUUAUAUAUUAACAUGACAUUCACUUCGUACCCUACAUAGCAUUUCUUCUUUUAAGAAUAGAAGGAAUUAAGGAUUAAAUGUUUAAUAAUCCCAUUACUUCGUAUGUAGAGUUCUAAGCGACAUCAUCUUUUACAAGCAUGCAUGCCAACACUCAACAGACAAGUGUUUCUAGAAAUUAAACUGCUUCAAUCUUUUAUUGAAUUAUCAUUUUCAAACAUUUACAAUGAAACCUCAUUGAUAUGAUAUCGGUUAAUCCAAAAUUCUCAUUAUUACAAACCUGUUUAAAUCCCCCACAGCAUCAAUAGGAUGUUCAGUGUUAACUCGUUUAUAUAUUGCGAAAUACAGGCUAUUAUGUAAUUAUAAGUUCCAUUGUGUAUAUAUAAUAUCUGACAAUACAAAUAUUUACAGUGGAACCCCGUAUUUGCGUUCUUGGUAUUUCAGACUCGUUUUCAGUUAUUUGUUCCGUCGCUGUUGUGUAGCAUAUAUGAAAUUGUAGUCAGCGUUGAUUGGCAUCAUGUUUGAUUAGGUAGAUGCCUGUAUAGAGUGCGCGACCAUAGUUGAGUAUCAAUAUCGAUAGCUCGACAACUGCAUUCAGCUUGCGCAAUUUGUCUCGUGCCGAGUAAACUGUAUUUGAUAGCCCGCACUCUUUCAUGGUGUGUGUGUGUGUACUACGACGAUAAGUUGAUGCAAAAUAUUUUUAGAUCAUAAUAUUUAUUUACUAGUUAUAUAGGUUCAACUACAAUUGACAUUGAAUGCAAAAUUUUAGUUAUUUUUUUAUGUGUAAAUUCUCUUACUGAAACUUAAACACCACUAUUUAUUUGGACUUUUUAUUCAACCUUAUAAUACAAGUAAGAAUUAAUUUAUUGGAUACUAGAUUUAAACUUUUUUUUGUUUUUAAUUUGAUGUAUUUUAGGCAUGGCUUGAGUAUUGAUGGUAUAUUAGUAGUCUAAUAUACAUUAAAUUUUUCUUUAAUGUAAAGUUAAAGUAUAUGUUGGAGAAAGAAAAGAAUACAUUCAGGAAAUGAGGUAUAUAUGUAUUAGAUAAGUUUAAAAGUUUUCCUUCAAUUUACACUUUUCUGCAAUACUGACACUGAAACAAUCAAAGCCUUUGACCAAAGUGUGUUAAAAAAAAAAAAAGAGAAACAAACCAAAAUUAGUGUUUUUUUUUCUUCACUCUAAAUUUUUACAGUGAUCACCAUACAUAAAUGUAAAUGAUUUUGUGUUAUCUUUUAUAUAGGCCAACCAUGUUUUUACUUGAAUGAAUGCUCUUGUGUAAGUAUGUAGUACAUAGUACUAUAAGAAUACUUUUUUUUUGACAUUAUGUACUAAAUAUAUAUGUACAACAUGGGGAAGUAUGGUUAUUACAAACCUCAUUAUUACUAAGGGGGCAAAUUUCUGUCCCCUCAGGUUUGUAUUAACGAGGUAUCACUGUAUCUUCUUGCACUAAAUUUAGAGCAGUUAACCUAAAGCAAUUGUUUAGCCAUUUAUAUUUGCAGACAAAAUGUUACAAUCUAAAAUAAUAAUAGUAGGGCCUGUAUUAUCCCCACUGAAUAGACAACUGAAAAAUUUUUAUCACUCGAUGGUUUCAAAAUGUGUGUUAUGAUAUCCGAAUAGUUACUAUUUUACUGUAUAAGCUAGAUAAAAUGGUCUGCUUCGUUUAAAAUACCAGAUAAAAUAGCCACACAAUGGUGAUGAGUGAUGAUCUUUGAUGUAUGUUUUACCUAAGGGAACUACAAAGUUAUUUUCAGUGAAAUCAAAGGGUAAAUACCUAGCAGCUUAAAUUUCUGACAACAUUCCAAAGAAAAAAAGAAAGUCUAAAAAGAAAGUGAUUUUUGUGAAUAGGUACUCAUAAUUUAUGGUUGAAAAUUUCUACCGGCACCUGCAAUAAGGUAUCUCUUUUGAGAUACAUGCUUCCGUGUGAACAUUGAACAAUGUAAGAUAAUGAUCUAAAAUGCUAGAAAUUUUGGAUAUAUUUUUUUUAGUUUUAGUAAAUUAUGUCUUUAUACAUGCCCCUCCUUGUGGGUACGCCACUGCCGCGUGAUGCCCGUUGCCAUGGAGACGCAGAAGGCAUGAACAAUGCAAAAUCCUGUUCUCAUGCAGACAAAGUACCCACUGUUGCCUGGUUUUAACCACCCAUGGGAUCUAAUUUUCGGAAAAUGUCAUCCUGCGUAACAUAAGGAACAUUACUGUGAAGUUUCAAGCCUGUAAAAUAUAUAUACUUGAAAAAAAGGGCAAUAAAAAAACAAAUUAAACACAGAGAGAGGAAAAAAAAAAUAGUUUAGGUUUGCGAUUUAAAGUGAUAAAAAGUAUUUAAAUACUAAUUGAACUCUUAUGAGGGUACUAAUUGCUUCGUUGUUAAUAUCACACGGGUGUUUUUUACUUGUAUGGGAAAAUUAAGAAUGAUAAGGCAUCUAGUGCGUGGCAACAAUGUUAAUAGGCAAUAGGAAAUAAACUUGUAGCGCCUGCGGCAUUGUCAACACACACUUCGUACGUGUACUGCAUGUUGUAUCUAACCCCCUCCAACGCAUUUGAUUCUAAAUUGGACUUUUAGUACGGAUCCCUAAUGUUAUUGAUAAUAUAAUAUAACCUAUAGCCUUCCUCGAUAAAUGUACUAUCCAACACUGAAAGAAUUUUUCAAAUCGGACCAGUGGUUCCUGAGAUUAGCACAUUCAAACAAACAAACAAACAAACUCUUCAGCUUUAUAAUAUUAGUAUAGAUUAAUUAACAAGUGAUGAGCAAUUAUUUGAAAUAUUGUGUAUCUGUGUUCAAAAUGUAAUCUAAAAUGUUGUUAAUUCAAUAUUUAAUUUUCCAAAAAAAUUAUUUAAGUGUGCACGAUUGCAUGUGCAAACAGACUGUAUAGUAGAAAAGCCUUAACCAAUGAAACAAAAAUUCACUUCACACAGACAGAAACUAGACCUUACUAGCAUAAUCGACCAAGCUAUUUUAUUUUUUAUAAAGAGAUUGUUGUUGAAAGUAUCAGAUUUGUGUUUUUUACUUAAUUUUUAUGAUGAUUUAUCAUUUUGUUCAAUUUCAAACUUUAAGGUUAUUUCUUUUAUCAGCAUUUUCACAAAUACCCUCAAAAUGAAGGAAAAAAUGAACUUAAAGGAAUCAGGUUUCUGUUUGUACUAAUAAAACAAGCUAAUUUUUUUAGUAUAAUCACACAUAAUUAAAAAUUUCACAACUUCAAAAAAUAAUAAUCACACUUUUUGGGCAUUGUCUGAAAAUUUACUAAUAGCUUUUAAGCUCAUAUUCAGAGGUCAUAAUACACAACAGCAGCAGGUAUCCAGUUUGAACCUAUCGGGUAGAUAGUUAUCAGCGACUUUUAUCUGGAGGUGGUAAUACAGGCCAUUGAUGUUUAAUUUUUGUUAUUAGUGUUGUAAAGAAUUUAUAAUUUUAUUUUAGGAUGAAGGAAUUUCAAUUGUUUUAAUUCUUAGUGUAAUAUGUUUCAACCAACUUAUUGAAUUUCUAAAAUGCAAGGUGUGCAUUUUAAGUUUAAGCUAUUUUUUUCUUCUUAAAAUUACAAAUACACCAUUUUAAGACUUGAUGGUGGCAUCUACAGUGCUGGUGAAGUUUAAUUUAUAGUGUCUUCCAACUGACUGCAGUGUGACCUGAAAACCAUAGAAGUGCGUGUCUCACGUGCCUUCUCGAAAACAAAUGCCUAUUGUCAUUGCAAAAACCAAAAUACAGUGUAAUGUGUGUUAGAGCUGCCUCGUGGCUCAUUUGUUUCUUCAUCUUAUCCUCUUCUUCUUUCUCUCUCUCCUCCAAAACCAUACUGAUGCUCUACCUAUGAUUUUUUCAACAGUAAGAUGUUCAAAGCCUAUGUCAUUGUCUCUGCAAUUAAUCCACAACAAUGUUUUCUUCAUUGACAUCACUUCCUCCAGUAACGGAUUUUGCUAAAUUAGCUAAAUCACAAGCAGAAACUACUGCUUCUUCCUCUGCAGGCUCUACCAAAUUAUUUUCCACUUUUGGUAAAAUUUUCCUCCAGGACUUCACUAAUGUUGGUUGCUUAAUUAACUCCCACUCAGUGUUUAUGUCAUAAAUGCUGUCAACAAUUAUGUCAUCUUUCUAGAAGCCCUGAAGAUUAUUCCCGUCAAUCCUUUGACGUCGUCCGGGCCUGCGGCCCCUUUGAGCCCGAUAUGACACCGCCCAACCACCAUCUCUAUUCAAACCUCCCGCUUGUGCGUGCGUGUGUGCGUGUGUGUCUAGCCCGGCAAGAGGGUGCUUAGAAGCAGUGCGGCGACCCCUAAAAUUGCUACGUUUAAUAUUAAUUGUAAACCUUUUUGUUUGUUUUCAUUAGUCUUUGCCCCAGUGCUGUGCAAUUUGCUUGUGUUUUCUUUAAUUUAAAUAUGUUACUUGAAAUAACCACAGACGUUGCCCGGGCGGACCCGAACAGGCACGGACUUGGACGAGAGUAGGAACGUUUUAUAUAAAUUAUCAUUAAUUAAGUAACUAUUAACAAACUUUAAACUAUCAGUAAUUUUUAUAUAUUUUUUAAUGUUGAUCUGUAAUUUGCAUAACUUUCGCCGGGGCACGGAAUCGUAGGAUGUAGUAACGGUAAUUGUGUUGGCGCGAAGGGCGCCAUGUUGCCACCUGCGAGCGAUGAGCUCAGCCCAGUCCAUCUUCAUCACUGACCGAGAGCAGACGCGCCAGCACCCCGGGGACCUCAACCUUUGUUCAUCACUGACCAAGUAAUUUCUGUAUCGUUAAAUUCUUUUUAAAUCGCUUUCGUUCGUCAUCCUCGGGGCAGCUCUCGGUCAGCGGGCUGUUUAAUUAAUUAAUUGCCUCAGUCGAGUUUUCAGCAAUCGUGUAAUAAGUAAAUUUUGUAGCAUGGCCACGUGUGUGGACCAUGCCUUCACCUAAGUCGAUUCGUGCCUCAGGCUUUUUCUACCGUGAAACGUGUAACGGACGUGGAGAUAACGUGUUAGUGAAAUUAAAUCUGGGAAUGAAUAUAAA